AACUGCCAGCCAUCGGAGACGAGAGAGAGCGAGUGAAAUUUUUUCGCUGUGUGUUUAUCGCUUUAUCGCGAAAGUUGCAGUGUCUGUCGUCCGCAUCCAACAUCAUUCGCAAAAGGCUGCUGCAUCUGCACAAUUUCACUCACCAUAAUUGCAUCCCCAGUAUUGACCAAACGACGACGGUGUAAACAAUGAACUGAAACGGGGAUUGAUAGAUGUGGAAUAAUAAAGUGGCUAGCUGGCUCCAUCGGAUCGUGGCUAAUCGUUCUCUUUAGUCACUCUGGGUGAAGAAGACGGCGAACAAGAAGAAGAAGUAGUAGUGGUUAGCAUAAAUCAGUAGGCUGUUUGUGUGUUAAAACUAAUCCCGUUGGGCCAGCAAAACGGUGCAGCCUCGGCCUGUUAUUGCAGCAAAACAAACAGUGACGGGGUGAGAAUGGCUCUGAAGAAGGUGAAAGGAAACUUCGAGCGAAUGUUCGAUAAAAACCUGACCGAUCUGGUUCGGGGCAUUCGUAACAACAAGGACAAUGAGGCGAAAUACAUCGCCCAGUGCAUGGAAGAAAUCAAACAGGAGCUGCGGCAGGACAAUAUUAAUGUGAAGGCGAACGCUGUGGCCAAGCUCACCUAUCUGCAAAUGUGCGGAUACGACAUUUCGUGGGCCGGUUUCAACAUGAUCGAAGUGAUGAGCUCCAAUCGGUUCACUUGCAAGCGGAUCGGUUAUUUAGCAGCGAGCCAGUGCUUCCACCCGGACAGCGAACUGUUGAUGUUGACCACCAAUAUGAUCAGAAAGGAUCUGAGUUCCACCAAUCAAUACGAUGCCGGAGUAGCUCUCUCCGGACUGAGUUGCUUCAUUUCAACCGAUUUAUCGAGGGACUUAGCUAACGAUAUCAUGACUCUGAUGAGUUCUACCCGACCGUACUUACGAAUGAAAGCCGUCCUCAUGAUGUAUAAAGUGUUUCUGCGAUACCCGGAAGCGCUCAGACCUGCCUUUCCCAAGCUCAAGGAGAAACUGGAAGAUCCCGAUCCUGGGGUGCAAUCGGCCGCAGUGAACGUGAUUUGCGAACUCGCACGCAAAAAUCCCAAAAAUUACCUAUCGCUGGCGCCGAUUUUCUUCAAACUGAUGACCACUUCCACCAACAAUUGGAUGCUGAUCAAGAUCAUAAAGCUGUUUGGUGCUUUAACUCCGCUAGAACCUCGAUUAGGCAAAAAGCUAAUUGAACCGUUGACCAAUUUAAUUCAUAGCACCUCAGCGAUGAGUCUUCUAUACGAAUGCAUCAACACGGUGAUAGCGGUGUUGAUCAGCAUCAGCAGCGGUAUGCCCAAUCACAGCGCUUCCAUCCAAUUGUGCGUACAGAAGUUACGCAUUCUCAUCGAAGAUUCCGAUCAGAACUUGAAAUACCUCGGCCUGCUGGCAAUGUCCAAAAUCCUCAAGACGCACCCCAAGAGCGUCCAAACCCACAAGGAUCUGAUUCUGGCCUGUCUGGACGAUAAGGACGAGUCGAUUCGGCUGCGCGCGCUGGAUCUGCUGUACGGUAUGGUCUCAAAGAAGAAUCUCAUGGAAAUUGUGCGUCGGCUGCUGGGGCACAUGGAGCGGGCCGAGGGUUCCGCCUAUCGGGACGAGCUGCUGUUCAAGGUGAUCGAGAUUUGCUCCCAGGGUUCGUACCAGUACGUGACCAACUUCGAGUGGUAUCUGACGGUGCUGGUGGAGCUGAUCCAGCUGGAAUCCGGCUCGAAGCACGGGAAGGUGAUCGCUACCCAGCUGCUGGAUGUGGCGAUUCGGGUCCAAGCGGUGCGCACUUUCGCCGUCAACGAGAUGUCCGGUUUGCUGACAUCGUAUCCCAUUUCCACCCAGAAUAGCACGAUGCACGAGGUGCUCUAUGCGGCUGCGUGGAUCGUUGGCGAGUUUGGUAGCCAUCUGGACAAUCCGGAGCAAACACUAAACACACUGCUCCAGCCGAGGCAACUGCCCGGUCAUAUCCAGGCGGUGUACGUACAGAAUGCGACAAAAUUGUUUGCGAAUUUGAUUCACGAUUGCCUCGAGGAGGAUAACCUGGCUGAUAUUCGGAAGCACUGCGACAAACUGCUGCAAGGACUUCCAAUCUAUCAGAGUUCGGGGGAUAUUGAGGUGCAAGAACGUGCCAACUCCGCCUUCAUGAUGGUUCAAAUACUGAAGGAUACAUUACCGGGAGGAAACUCCGAUAUUCUAACCGAUAUAGCCACUUCCGUGGAGGAAUCAGAAGUCCUUGGGAAGCCAUCGAUUCCUAUCGAAGUAGCAGAGCUGAUUCGAGAAAUAAAGGAAUUGUUUGUGGGUGAUUUGAAUCCGGUGGCAACGAAAGCACAACGUAAGGUUCAAUUACCAGAUGGGUUAGAUCUGGACGAGUGGAUUAACACUCCGCCAACGGUGAGCAGUGAAUCCAGUGAUGAGGAGAAGUUCUCACUGUUUGUUCAGAACAGCGACGAUCGUGAGCAGAAUGGUGAGCAUCGAGGUUACAAGAAGUCGGAGCAAACGCAAGAGGAACUGGACAAGAUUCGAGAGGCCCGCAUCCAGGAGCAGAUAAAUAACCCCAACUAUCUGAAACCAGCCAAAAAGAAAGACUCCAGCGCUAACGAAUAUCAGAACGCUACCGAAAACUACGAUGAGAUUCCGAUCGCAGAAAUCGCACUAGAGAUUCCCCUUCAAAUACAUUCCACUAAAAGAUCUGAUAAGUAUCUGUUAGACCAGCAGAAAUCGAACAAGUCCAGUGGCGGCAGCAAAAAGGCCGGAGGCAAGAAGUCGAAACGCCAUAAGAAAAGUAGGAAGCAUAACUACACUGAAAGUGACUCUGAUAGUGAUGACCCUAAACCACUGCAUGUGGUGAAUACGGUAGUGGAACUGCCAGAAGGUGCAAUUAUGUCCGACGCCGAGGAGAAGACGGUCGAAGAUCCAAACGAUCCUCACCUAGCCCUGAACAUCGAUCUGGAUGUUUCCCUCGAAACGGAGCGUAUGGCGCGACAGGCAAAAACCUCCGCCGUUAGAAGUAGCUACAUUCUCACAUCUCGGUCAGAACAACCGGCUUCGGCGGCAGCGUUAGCCGCCAACAAUGGUACCCAAUCCAAGCAAUCUUCAGUCCAAAACGAAGACACAACGAAAUCUUCGCACCGUAAAAAGGAAAAAAAGAAGAGCAAAGACAAGGACCGAGAACGACGGCACCGUCGAUCCGGACGGGAGCACGACGAAGACCAGCUUGUAGCCAACAGCAGGCUCCCAACAGGCAAAACAUCCUCGCAUUCAUCCAUCGGUUCGCGGACAGCGGCAGCAGAGAGGCAGGCGACGAAUCUUCUCGAACCCGAAACGCAACCGGUGACGAAGAAAAGUUCCCACAAAAAGAAGCACUUGGAGGGUGACAACAACCACGCCGAGAUGGUGGCAGAGGGAUCCUCGAAACAGACGGAUAAAACUCACAAAAAGAAAAAGAGCAAGAAGGAGAAAACCAGCAAAAGUGAGAAAAGUAGCAGCAGUAAGAUGAGUGGUUACGAAGAAGCCAUUGGAAUCUCUACUCCAAGUAAGGAGGUCAUUUAAUAGAAACUCUAAAUCGUAAGUAGCCUGGAACAAAUUUUCUCCGUUAUACCCUGGUUUCCUCCCUCUCACUUCCCCAUCCCCUCUGCCCCCUGUUAACCUCUUAUACUCAAAGUAGUUAUCUUAAAAACAAGUCCGCUAAAGUUCACGUUGCCGGUGAAGCUUCUUGAGAAAGCAUCUCAAUCUUUUAUGCUAUGAAAAACAAAACGCAAUGACGUGAGUUAGGAAAAACGCAAAUCGCUAAGCUACGAGAGCGAAUAGACUAAUCAAUUUUACUAGGAACCAAUAACGGAAGAAGAGCUUCUUACCGUGCAUGUUUGACAAGCUGAAAUAUGAUUUUAAAAGCCGAGCAAAUAUGUAUGUAAAGCCGAUGCUAUAUGUAUUGAAGGAGGGAAACGAUUGGAAAAGAAGAAAAAAUCGCAGGGCAACGUGUAUUUCCGUUGUUCCCGCAAAGCGCAAUGAUGGCUGGCGAUUAUUGUUAAUUAAUCAGUAAUUACAAGCAUAUGAUUAUUGAAUAUACCAUUAUUAUAAUGCAAAAGAAAAACGUAAAAAUAUAUAAUUUGUCUAAUA